AUGUCUAAAGUCUGUGAACAUCCAUUCUGCACUCGUUCAAUAUCAACAACAUGUUCAAAUCAUUGUCAAUUAGAUUUAUGUCAAGAACAUACAAUUGAACAUAAAGCUUUAUUUCUCGUUCAAUAUGAAAAAUCUUUUAAUAAAGUUACUGAAUCAUUAAAUGAAAUAAUUAAUUCAAUUGAAGAAACUAAAAAAAAUCUUAAUAAUAAUUAUCAAAAAGAUAUUUUUCUUGUUAAUGAGAAUCAUAAUAAUAAAUUAAAUGAACUCGAACAAGAGUUUCAAUUUGUUAUUGCAACACAAAAAUUAAUAAAACAAAAACUUCAAAUUUUAAAUGAUGUUAAAAAUGAUCAAACUUUUCUAUAUCAAUAUGAAAUUGAACAAAUUAAAUUAUAUUUAACAAAAAUUCAUGAAUAUCAUCAAGAUACAAUUGCAAAAGAAAAUAAUAAAAAUGACAUGAAAACAUCUUCUUCGUUUAAUUCUGACACCAAUGCAGAUGUUAAUUAUUCUCAUAAAUUAAAUACUAAUAUAAAAUCUAAUAAUGUAAAACAUUUCUAUGGUCAAUGUCCUUUAACUCGUCUUGGUAUAUAUGGUUUGACCAAUAAACAUAAAUUACGUUUAUGUUCAUCAAACAGAAAAACAUCUGAUAUUUGUUUAAUAAAACAUUUUAAUCGUUAUCAUCAUUUGAAAUGGACAUUAUCAUCAACAUUAACAAAAGCUAUAAUUAAUAAAUUAGAUCCUUUAACAACAUGUAUUUUUCAAUCUGGAUUCGAUAUUAUUGAUCAACGUUUUCAUCGUAUUCGAUGUCCAUUAAAUAAAAUAAAAUCUUAUAAUUGUAGAAGUUUAAUUUUUAUAGGUUCAUUAAAAAAACAUUUAUUAAAAGUUCAUCAUUUUAAAUUAAAAACGUACAAUAAAAUUAAUGAAGCAAUUAAAAGAAAAAUUAGUUUAAUGAAAAUUGAUUUUGAUGAAGAUGAAUUUAAAUUCAACGACAAAAAUCAAUUUAUGUAA